AUGGCGCUGAAUACCCCCAUGAAACGUCUAACCGAUACAAUGAUCACGACGGUCUUGGGACGCACAGCCCUCGUCGACGACCACAGCUACGAAACGCCUGAAUCUAGUCAAUCCAAAACAAAAGGAAAUGACACUACUGUCGACCCGACGUUUGUCCCUGGGGACGAAGGGUCGGAUGAAGAGGAUGUCGAUGAGUUGGAUAAGGUAUCGCCGAAAGAGGUGCGAGGCUUGAUGGAUGCCGAUAAAAAUGGAAAGAAAACGCAGAUCCCGGGAUCUACUAAGAAUAAAAGGAAGAGGGGAGACUCUAUCGAUCCUACGUAUGUUCCUGGGGAGGAUGACGACGAGGAUGAGGAUCUCAAUGAUGCGAAGAAUAAACACCAAACCCCAGGUUCCAACAAGUCGAAAACGAAGAAAAAGAAGACGGUCGACCCAACAUACGUUCCUGGAAGAGAAGAAGAUGGAAAGAAUCUCGGAAAUGGAAAUGAUAGAAAGGCAACGCCAGAAACACUAUUACGUUUAAUGAAUUCCGGUUCAAAGUUGGAUCAAAAUACACAUCAGUCGGGAUCCAACAAGUCCAAGAAAAAGAAACGAGAUGUCGAUCCGACGUACGUCCCCGGAAAAGAUGAUGAUGAUGAAGAGCUCGAUGGAUCUUUGCCUGCCGGAGAUGAACAGGCAGAUGGUACCACGACACCGAGAUCAUUGCGGAAGAGAAAGAGAACUUCUGACACAAGCCUUGGGGAUGAUAAGAAAAGUACACCUCCUCGGACUCCAAAGCGACGCAGACGCAGUUUAGGGCACGAUCCACAACUGCCAUUGUUUCCGCACCUCGUGGAUUAUUCAAGUGAGAAGCCAGAAAAAUCUACUUAUCCAAUCGAGCCACUGCCACAGAAAAGUUUGGGAUAUCUUGCUAGUAACCUUCCAGCAAUUGAGUGGAGUUCCUUUUCUGGAUUCUUCAUUCCCAGACGACGGUCACAUUCUGAGCCUCCUGGAGAUCACGAUAGUCUUUGGAGACGGAAAUCAGAUAGCAACUUGAUUUCCGACGAUGGUAAGUCCAGUCCUUUUUGGGGAUUAUCCCCGCCGGAGAAGACACGCAAAAGCUCUAGUAUCUAUGAAGAUUAUACCUUCCAUCCGGGGACAGGAACCGCUUCCAAAGACCAGCCAAAACCUAUCAAGUCCUUAAGUGACGACGAAGAUUACAACAACGACGAUAACGACGAUGAAGAUGACUACCUCAGCAACAUUAGCGUCCCAAAAAGCGAGACAAAAAGCGUCACCUUCGACUUUUCAGUGGAAAAGGCCAAACGCUGGGCCGAUGCUAUCAGCCUGCCUGAGGGCCUUUGGAGUAAAGCAGAAAAGGAGCUUUUCUUCCGACUCGCGAUGCGUGGGUUCGAGCCUAUCAUCCCAAGCCAUUGGCAAUUCGACUUUGGAACUCUUCCCGGGUCAUUGUUUGCUGUGUCUGGAUAUGGCAGAGCGCCUCUUAUUCAAGCAUGCAGGGGCUCUGAUUUCUAUGCUAUCAAAUCCCUGAUUAGCUUGUUCUCCCUCGGAGGUCGAGUGAGAGAUUGCAGUAUUCUACAAAUUCGACCAGAGCCUGUGAUCAAACGAGCUAUCAAGAAAUAUCUACGCUGGGCUCUAUACGAUGCCAAUGUGCAAGUCAACCCUGGAGCAAUUCCUGUGCACGCCAUCUAUUCCCAAAAGAAAGGGGAGUCCACACUCCGAGCCGUCCGCAAGCUCAAUCGACGCUUAGAAGCACUUUCCCAGCGAUAUCGUGAUGCCUUGGAAUUGCCAUUUCGACUCGAAGAAUCCUCCCCUUCUCCAGAAGGUCAGAUUAAACAAGAAAUCGAGUCUGUCCUACGCAGCCAGCGAAGAUUCCCUCUUCUUGUUGGUUUCGUCAUAUGUGGCCCAAUAGUUGCCAUCUUAACCUUGGACACAGAUCCAUUGAGUAAGAGAGGAUGGAGUAAGGGUACUGGAAGCAAGUUUAUCUCGCAAUUUGAUCUGGGAGAAUACGGACAGGAUGCAUGGAGCUCACUGGCUGUUGCAAUUGCCAUCAUGCGGAUUCGCAGGACAAUGAUUGAACUCGCAGAUGACUGCGAGGGAGGGUUUUGUAAGGUCCCUGAUGGUAUACGACUAACGUCAGAUGAGGAUCUAUGA